GCAUAGCCCCAGGCAACGCCGCCGCCGCCGACGCCCCCGCCGCGCCGCAGGGCGGGCGGGGGCUGCUGCAGGUGGCAUUCGGCGGCGGGUUCGCCGGCGGGUUUGGCGGCACUAGCUCCGUCCAGACCUUCGUUAGCACGGGCCCAACAAACGGCCCCCGCUGGGCCUACGCGCGCCCCGUGUACAGGCGCCCGGUGGUGGUGCCGAGCCUCAACUGGGGCCUGCCCUAUAAUGAGUACGUGCCCUCCACCGCCCUGAAGACGCCCCAGGAAAUUGCCAUGGGGGGCAGGUGA